AUGUUUCAUCAGCCAGCAACAACAGACUCUGUAGGAUGGGGUGUCAUGUUUGGGAUAACUGCAAUCCUUGGUGCAUGGGGUGCUAGCACCCUAAGCCAAUCCGACUGGACCCGUUAUGCGAAUCGACCACUGGCACCAACGUUAUCCCAGCUUAUAGCUGCGCCUAUAACAAUCACGAUUACAGCUAUGAUUGGAAUAAUCGUAACUAGUGCCGCGAAUGAUAUUCUUGGAGAGAUCAUUUGGAGUCCCAUUCAACUUCUUGCCGCUAUACAGGAACACUAUACUUCAAGUCCACGUUCCAGAGCUGGUGUAUUCUUUGCCUCCAUAGGCACUGUCUCGACUCAGCUCGCGGUAGGGUUCAACCUCAAUGGCCCCAACAGUCGGGAACUUGCUGACCUGGAUUAUAGAUAUCGCUUGUACUGA